UCAAAAUCAUUACCUCCGGCCCCAGCCCUCCAACGGCUAUUCUCUCAUCUUUCUCUCUCUAUCUUCCCGGUCAGUUUCUCUCGCCGCAUUGUCAGAUUCUUCAAUCGAACCAUAGUUAUCUCUCCAUUUCUCUCUCUCUCUCUAUCUUUCUCGUCGACAAUGAAGCCUAUUCUGCAACCGAGAAACGAGGCCUCGGUGAGUCCGAACCCUAGCUCUGUAAAGCAAUUGCAGAAAUGGCCUACGCCGCCGCUACCGAAUUCCAGCGGCAGUAGCCGGAAGCAGAGAGUUCCCAAGGAGAAUGCUCCGCCGCCAGAUCCGUACUCGUCUCCGUCGGCCGCGAUGAAACAUAAGAGUCCGCUUCCUCCUCGGCCGCCGAACUCGAAUCCUCUGAAGCGGAAGCUCAUUAUUGAGCCGACGGGGUCUGAGACUGCGGUUUCUGGCUCUUCUGACUCCGGAGUCAAAGUUAUAGUGAGAAUGAGGCCACCAACCAACGGUGAGGAAGAUGGAGACAUGACUGUUCAGAAAAUCUCCAGCAAUUGUGUAUCUAUAACUGGACAUACUUUUACAUUUGACUCUGUGGCAGACACCCAAUCAACACAGCUUGAUAUAUUCCAGCUUGUUGGUGCACCUCUUGUUGAAAAUUGCCUUGCUGGAUUUAACAGUUCAGUUUUUGCUUAUGGACAAACUGGGAGUGGGAAGACAUAUACAAUAUGGGGACCAGCCAACGCCCUGUUGGAAGAUAACUUAUCAAGUGAUCAACAAGGCUUGACACCACGUGUUUUCCAGCACCUUUUUACAAGAAUUGAACAGGAGCAAAUUAAGCAUGCUGACGAAGAGCUCAAGUACCAGUGUCGUUGCUCUUUUCUUGAGAUUUACAAUGAACAGAUUACUGAUUUAUUGGAUCCAAAUCAAAGAAACCUACAGAUACGAGAAGAUGUAAAAACAGGUGUUUAUGUCGAAAACUUGACAGAGGAAUGUGUUUCUACUAUGAAGGAUGUGAAGCAUCUUUUAUUAAAGGGAUUGUCAAAUAGGAGGACUGGUGCAACAAGUAUAAAUGCUGAGAGUUCACGUUCACAUAGUGUAUUUACAUGUGUGGUUGAAUCACGAUGCAAGAGCAUGGCAGAUGGCUUAAGCUGCAGAAAGACAAGUAGAAUAAAUCUAGUUGACCUUGCUGGAUCAGAACGACAAAAGCUGACAGGUGCAGCUGGAGAGCGAUUGAAGGAAGCAGGGAACAUCAAUCGAUCACUUUCUCAGCUUGGGAACUUAAUAAACAUUCUUGCGGAAGUUUCACAAACAGGGAAGCCAAGGCACAUUCCAUAUAGAGAUUCGAAGUUGACGUUUUUAUUGCAGGAAUCCCUAGGUGGGAAUGCAAAACUGGCAAUGAUCUGUGCCAUUUCUCCUUCUCAGAGCUGCAAGAACGAGACUUUCAGCACACUGAGAUUUGCCCAACGUGCAAAGGCAAUCAAGAACAAGGCUGUUGUCAAUGAAGAAAUGCAGGAUGAUGUGAAUUUUUUGAGGCAAGUUAUACGGCAGUUGAAGGAGGAACUAAUUCAAAUGAAGACGAAUCAAAAAGACCAGAAUGGAAAUUAUUCUACUGGAUGGAAUGCCCGGAGAAGUUUGAAUCUGUUAAAGUUUAGCCUCAAUCGAUCACUGGCAGUACCUUUUGUAGAUGAUGAUGGUGAUACAUUAAUGGAAAUUGUUGAAGAAGCUGAAAGACUAGAUCUCCAAUCAAAUGCAUUUAAUGUGGAAACAGGGGCUGCAUGUACUGAAGAAAUUGCUCAUGAAGAUAUGGAUGAAGAACCGACUCCUGAGAAGUCUCCAAAUUGCUCAUCUAAUCUCAGUAUAGUUCCAUGUGAUAUUCCAAAGUCUCCUACUCAAAGUGUUUCACCAAGGGUGGUUAAUACUGGCAGUAGGAAAAGUCUUAGGACUUCAUCAAUGCUAACUGCCUCUGAAAAGAACCUUAUAGAAAAUGAGUUGGAUGCCUCAAAUUCAUCCUUGACAAAGCCCUCAAACAGCACUUGUUUGAAUACUCAAUCAACACGAAGUAGAAAUUGUUUUAAGUCAACUGAACAUUUGGCUGCUAGUCUUCAUCGUGGUCUUGAAAUCGUUAGCGCUCAUCGACAGAGUGCAGCUUUAAGAAAGUCCUCAUUUAGAUUCUCUUACAAACCUGCUGAAAUUAGAGCAAUAGUACCAGUUACUAAAGUUGAUGUGGGUGUCCAAACUGUUCUUAAUGACAAUGAGUCAUUCCAAGAGGGUUCACUAUACUUGUGUAGUAAAUGCAAGACAAAAAAUUCUUUACAAGAGCCUAAAGAUGCCAGUGAUAGUUUAAAUCUGCAGUUAGUACCUGUUGAUGGGUCACAGUCUUGCGAUAAAUUCAAGGUUCAAGUGCCUAAAGCGGUGGAGAAGGUCUUGGCAGGAGCUAUACGGAGAGAGAUGGCACUGGAAGAAAUAUGCUCCAAACAAAGUUCAGAAAUUAUGCAACUAAACCGUUUGAUUCAGCAGUACAAACAUGAGAGAGAAUGCAAUGCUGUAAUCAGUCAAACACGAGAAGAUAAAAUUGCACGCCUUGAGAGCUUGAUGGAUGGGGUCCUAAUAACUGAGGAUUUUAUGGAGGAUGAGAUGUUGUCACUUACUCAUGAGCAUAAGAUUCUGAAAGAAAAAUAUGAAAAUCAUCCUGAACUUUUAAGCACAAAAAUAGAACUGAGACAAGUACAAGAUGAACUGGAAAGGUAUCGCAACUUCUUUGACUUGGGUGAGCGGGAAGUACUGUUGGAGGAGAUUCAGGAUUUGAGAAGUCAACUGCAGUUUUAUGUGGAAUCUUCACCUAAGGCAUCCAAAAAGCAAAGUCCAUUACUGCAAUUAACAUAUUCAUGUCAGCAAAGUGUGGGAACACCUUUGUCUGCAAUUCCAGAACCAGUGGAGGAUAGUGCUGAGCAUAGAUCUUUGUCUGCAAUUCCAGAAUCAACAGAGGAUAGUGCUGAGCAAAUACUUGAAAGGGAGAGACUGCAGUGGACUGAAACAGAAAGUAAGUGGAUCAGUCUUGUGGAAGAACUGAGAUCAGAGCUUGAAGCUAGCCGAGCACUAGCUCAAAAGCAAAAGAUUGAACUUGAAAUGGAGAAGAAGUGCUCAGAAGAGCUGAAAGAAGCAAUGCAGAUUGCAAUGCAGGGUCAUGCACGCAUGCUUGAACAGUAUGCUGAUCUCGAGGAAAAACAUAUGCAACUGCUUGCUAGGCACAGGAAGAUCCAAGAUGGAAUAGAAGAUGUAAAGAAAGCGGCUGCAAAGGCUGGAGUAAGGGGUGCCGAAUCUAGAUUCAUAAAUGCUCUUGCUGCAGAAAUUUCAGCACUUAAAGUGGAAAGAGAGAAGGAGAGGCGAUAUUUCAUAGAUGAAAAUAAAGGACUUCAGGCUCAAUUAAGGGACACUGCCGAGGCUGUAGAGGCUGCUGGUGAGUUGCUUGUACGGCUAAAAGAAGCAGAUGAAGCUGUUCAAGUUGCUGAGAAACGGGCCACAGGUGCGGAGCAAGAAGCCAGCAAGGCUUACAAACAGAUUGAAAAAUUGAAGAAAAAGCAUGAAUAUGAAAUCAACAGCCUGAAACAAUUACUUGAAGAAUCUCGAGUGCAUAAAGAAAAAGAAGCCGUAUAUGAUUCUGUAGAGGCAUGCAGUGCGGGUAAGUAUGAUGCUGCAACACAGACACAGAGCUCUGGUGAUCAACGGUGGAGAGAGGAAUUCGAGUCACUCUAUCAGACUGAAGAGGAGCUGGCAAAAUUAGAACCCACUUCAUGGUUCUCUGGUUAUGACCGGUGCAACAUAUAGGACAGAUGCUUUUUUUUUUUUUUUUCAAAACCAUAUAGAACGUGAUGUUGUAUGUACCAAUGUAGUAUGCUCUGUUAUACAGAUUAAAGAAUCUUUUGGCCUUUUACCAACUUUGUGUUCAAAUUUUAUGACAUAUUGUUUCAGAGGUACUUGGAACAUUUGUUGUUCUGAGACUUGUAUCCUUGCCAAUACAGUUCACAUGGGUAUAUGCUCA